GCAGGCCUCUGCGCCACAGCACCUCAGCUAUAGUCCUGUCCUAGAGCCUGUGAUCUCCACAACCAGCCCAAAAGAAGCCUAUCAAGAGGCGCUCUGGUGAGCCCCGGGUGCUUCUUCUCAGAGAGAGGGAAGUGACAUCACACCAUGGUGCGGAAUGUGGAUGACCUGGCCUUCCAGCUGCCCUCGCAUGCCCAGGACAUGCUAGAUGGCCUGCAGCGGCUACGCUCCCUGCCCAAGCUGGCGGAUGUCACGCUGCUGGUGGGUGACCAGGCGCUGCCCUGCCACCGUGGCCUCCUGGCGCUGAGCAGCCCCUACUUCCACGCCAUGUUUGCUGGAGACUUUGCUGAAAGCUUCUCGGCACGUGUGGAGCUGCAGGACGUGGAGCCGGCGGCAGUGGGGCAGCUGGUGGACUUCGUGUACACGGGCCGGCUGACCAUCACACAGACCAAUGUGGAGACACUGACACGCACGGCCUCACGCCUCCAUUUCCCCACAGUGCAGAAGGUCUGCGGCCGCUACCUCCAGCAGCAAUUAGACGCCACCAACUGUUUGGGCAUCUGUGAGUUUGGGGAGCAGCAGGGACUGCUGGGAGUGGCUGCCAAAGCCUGGGCCUUCUUUCGGGAAAACUUUGAGGCCGUGGCCCAAGAGGACGAGUUCCUGCAGCUAUCAAGAGACCGGCUGGCCACCUGUCUGGCCAGUGACCUGCUGCAGGUGCAGCCGGAACAGAGCCGGUUGGAGGCUCUGCUACGCUGGGUGCGCCAUGACCCUCAGGCCCGGGCUUCACACCUGCCUUCGCUGCUCAGCCUGGUGCACCUGGAUGCGGUGCCCCGGCCCUGCAUGCAGCAGUUGCUGGCCACAGAGCCGCUGAUCCAGGAGUCAGAGGCCUGCCAGGAAGCCCUGUCCCAAGGCCACAGUGGGGAGCUGCCCCGCUUCCCACAGAAGCUGCAGGAGGUGCUGGUGGUGGUAGGCGGGCGGGCCCUCGAGGAAGACGAGGCAGGUAGUGAGGAGCCUGCCCCCCACCCUGGGAACUUUGCCUUCUACAAUACCAAGGCCAGGCAAUGGAUGGCACUCCCAGACUUCCCUGACUACCACAAGUGGGGCUUCUCUCUGGCAGCACUCAACAGUGAUGUUUAUGUCACAGGUGGCUCACGGGGCACCAAGACGGACACCUGGUCGACCACCCAGGCCUGGUGCUUCCCACUGAAGGAGGCUGUCUGGAAGCCUGUGGCACCCAUGCUGAAGGCUCGCACAAAUCAUGCCAGCACAGCACUGAAUGGAGAGAUCUAUGCCAUUGGUGGCACUGCCCUGGACGCAGUAGAGGUGGAGCGUUAUGACCCCUACACAGACAGCUGGACGCCUGUCAGUCCGGCCCUCAAGUACGUCAGCAACUUCUCAGCUGCCAGCUGCCAGGGCCGCCUCUACCUGGUGGGCUCCAGUGCCUGCAAGUACAAUGCGCUGGCUCUGCAGUGCUACAACCCUGUGACAGAUGCAUGGAGUGUGAUCGCCUCACCCUUCUUGCCCAAGUACCUGUCCUCUCCACGCUGCGCCGCAUUGCAUGGAGCCCUCUACCUCAUCGGUGACAACACAAAGAAGGUCUACGUGUACGACCCGGGGGCUAACCUGUGGCAGAAGGUUCAGUCCCAGCACAGCCUGCACGAGAAUGGAGCGCUGGUGUCGCUGGGUGAUGCGCUGUAUGUGACAGGCGGCCGCUGGCAGGGCAUGGAUGGUGAUUACCAUGUGGAGAUGGAGGCCUAUGACACUGUGAGGGAUGCCUGGGCCCGUCGUGGCUCCCUGCCCCGCCUUUGGCUGUACCAUGGGGCCUCCACCAUCUUCCUGGAUGUCUCCAAGUGGACACAGCCCUUCAACCCCGGUGUUGCCCAGGAGCGCUAAGAAGGGAGGGUUCUCAGGCAGCUCCUGGUUGCCUUUUAUUUUGUCGUCUGUUCACUUGGAGCUGCUGCCCCCUCCAGAGCUUGGGCUGGGCUCAAUAGCAGAUGGUACACUUCAGGAUACAUCUGUGGUCUCUGGAACCACCAAACUCUGCAACCAGUGGCAAGAGCGGGGCCCUCAUGGUAGGGAGGAGAGCUCUGCUACCCCUGAACCUGUCAAGACCUUGGGGAAAGAAGCUGAGGGGUCCGGGACUGCACCCUUAGAGCAAACAGACUCCCCCGUGUCAGCUUUUCCUGCCUCUCCCCACCCAUGGCCUUUGGGAGAGAUGCACAAUUGAAGACUGAAUAGGAUUCCCAGGAUGCUGACCUAGGGCCUCGGGCUCCAGUGCCCGCCACAGCUCUUUGGCCAUGCCCAAAGCUCCCUCUCUCCCCUUUCCUCAGAGUCCACAUUCACCCCAUACGGGGUGGCUGGGUAGGUGCCAGGCUCUACCUCCUCACCUGGCAUCUGCAUGUUGGUGCUGUGUUUACAGAUCCACUGCCAGGAUGAAGGAGGCCCUGGCCCAGCCAUGUCAUGCCCCCACCACCAGGACAGCAGCCCCUGCAGAGACACUAGAAAAGAGGUGCAGGUCAGGAACAAGAGCCAGGUGGGGUCCUCAGGGACAAAACUUGCCUUCUUCUAGGGGAAUCUUCCUAUCAAGACUGGUUCUCAGAAUGAAAUUCCCAGUGUGAGACCCACCACCAUCUGCAAGGACUUCUGAGUGAUUCUUGGAUGUGUUGGUGGCUUGUUCCCAGUGGCCUCCCAAAAUUGGGUGGGGAUGACAUCUGAGUGGCACUCCUGCAGGCCAAGAUAUGACUAGGUGGCUCAGACCUGUCUUACUGGGUCCUCACUCUCUCUCUCUCUCUCUCUCUCUCUCUCUCUCCUUCCCUCCCUCUCUCCCCUCUCUCUUUCCUCCUUCUCCAAAACCAGGCACUGAGUUUGUAACUAAGGAAACA